AUGGCACAGAAUCGACGAAGUUCUAUGGGGCCUUUUCCAGAUCCUAGACCGACAAACCCUGGAGAUGGGAAUCAAGUUGAUUCGGGUAGAAAGCAAGUGGAUGCUAAUGCGAAGACUCGUCAUGUACGUUGGAGCGAUGAAAUGGAUGGUUUACUGAUCACUUCACUUGUUGAACAAGUGUUGGAUGGGCACAAACAAACUGACAAUGGCUUCACUGCAUUUCAAGUGUCUAAGGCAAUGGAAAGGGUUUCUAAUGGAUGCGGGGUUAUUGUCUCGGAUAAGAAUGUCAGGGCAAGGUUGAAGACUCUUAAAAAGGAGUACACUGAAGUGCGACAGUUGCUCAAUAUGAGCGGCUUCGGGUUGGACCCAGCAAGUGGACGCAUUGUGGCAGAUCAAGUUGCAUGGGAUGAAUUUAUUCAGGGAAAGCCAGAAUUCGAAAAGUGGAGGACCAAACUUUGUCCAAGAUAUGAUGAGAUGGAGACUAUAUUUGGCAACGAUGCAGCCACAGGAGAUCGCGCAGUGUCUGGUUUCGACAAUUUCUCCCCAAUGAAUGGUAUGUAA